CAACUGAAGACCAGAAUUCUGAUCUGAUUUCACCCAAAUUCUCAAACCCUAAUUCCUCAAUUUCUGUUUCUUCUCCUCCCUCCCACAGCAUCUCCAACUCCAACAAUCAUGCUGCUAUCCCCAGGCCACUCGCCGCGCCACCUCUCUACGCCUUCACCCGCCCCUUCCGCUUCCUCCGAUAACCCUAAUUCCUCCCAUGCCACCUCUUCAGCUCCCGAUUUCGACAACCGAAAGCGCCGCCGUGGGCCCGAUGUUCUGGACGAAGACGCAUACGUGGCCGCAAUCGAGAAGAUAAUCGAGCGAGACUUUUUCCCUGACAUCCCCAAGCUGCGCGAUCGCCUCGAUUGGCUGCAGGCAAUUCGCAGCCACGAUCCCGUGCUUAUCCGCGAUGCCCAGCUCAAGAUCCUCGAGCGCCGCCGCAUCCGGAAGGGUGAAAAGUCCGCUGCUGAUGCUUCGCUCCGCUCCGCCACUGCAACCCCUGGUUCGUCCUUUUUACGAAAUAGUUCGGUUACUCCGUCGUUUUACAAUGAGCAUAAAGAGAAUUUUGUUAGCGAUAAAAUUGACGGCGGUGAUGAUGGAGGGGAAGGGCAAGUGGAUGUUUCGUUGUCGCUUGAUGAAUUUUUUAGAAGGUACACAAGUGAGGAUAAUGAGAGCUUUUCGAAGCUUGUAGAGAAAGUGAAUCGGAAGAAGAAGGAAAAGUAUGGGUAUUUGUUGGGAGCUGAUUCAGUCGAGGGGAAUUCCGGGAACAAUUUGAUUGAGGAAGGGAAUAAACGGGAGAAAAGUAGUACUGAUGGCUAUGGAACAUCGGAUCAGCCGGUGAGUACAUUGGACGGGUGGAAAUAUACAGCCAAGAACUUGCUGAUGUAUCAUCCGGCUGAUAAUGGCGAAGUGCCUUUAACUGAGGAGGAAAGAGCGUUGAGGUUGAAGGCAAUGACGAAGGAAAUUAGCAGACCAAAUACGAGAUUCCAUGCCAAAGCUUUAGAUGCUGAUGAAGCACAGGAUGAUGACUCUGCUGUUGUGCUCUAUCCACCUGUUGCUGGGGCUACUCCUAUUGCAAUAAGCAGUAGAGAUAUUGAUAAGGUGAAGAGAUAUGAUUUGGAGGAUUUGAGGAAGACCCCAAAUAAAUUCUAUGCAGAGUCUGAGAAGAAGGCAGAUAAUGGAUAUAGUUUUGUGAAGACGCCUUCCCCUGCUCCUGGGGUUGAUGAGUCACCUUUAAUAACCUGGGGUGAAAUUGAGGGGACUCCGCUGAGGUUGGAGGCAGAGGAUACACCAAUUGAUAUUGGCGGCAGUGGGAAUGGACCACAGUUUAAAAUUCCGAUGCCUCCUUCAAGGGAUAUGAAGGCGCAUUCUUUGUCGAGGGAGGCUGCAAGGAAGCUCAGGGAGAGGUCAAAGAUGUUUCAGAAACCACCACUGCAUUCGCCAGUUAGAGGAGGAAGCGCAAGUCCAGGUCGACAAAUACUUUCACCUGCUGCCCAGAAGUUUAUGAGGAAAGCAAUUGCCAAGUCUUCAAAUUCUAUUGAUGAAUCCCUCAGAGCAAGUUAUCGCAGUGGGAGCCCCGGAUUGAGCACUCCAAAAGCUGGGAGGAGUAUGUCUCGGUUGGGAAGAGAUGGCAGCGUAGGUUCCAAGUCACCUUCUGUGAGAGAAGGCUCUGAUCCACCUUGGUGAUCGGUCUCUACAUCGUCAGUUCUUGAGUUCUUCUAUCCUUACCAGAUGCAAUCAUCUAGUAGUAGUCUACAAAUUUAUGGGGCAUUCCUUUCAGAAUCUUCAGAUGGCGAAGAAGAUAUAGUUCUUUCUCUAUGUUUAUUUCAUAGGUUUCUGUCUUUACUAUUAUUACCUUUCAUGUUGUAAAAUGGUGAAUGUUAUGCAAUGCAAUAACCUUGAUUGCCAAAAUGAGAUUGUGAUUGAGAUUGA